AUGGACAUCUUCGCCCAGUCCUUCACUCUUCUCAACAUCCAGCAGAAAGCGCGCUCUCUGGAAAGACUCCCUCAAGAAAUCCUUCGAAGAAUUGUAGAACACGAUGAUUUAGAGACGCGGGACAGGAAGGCGAUCAGCCUAACAUGCAGCACUUUGCGAAGCCAUGCACUGCCGAAACUGUUUCGGCGCAUCACGAUCUCUCAGUUGUGGCAAGACCGUGAAAACUUCCUUCAUAUUUGCGAUACGCCCGAUUUAGCACAGCAUGUACGAGAGGUUGAAUGGCAGGAAAUCUCAUGGUAUCCUGGAUUCUUCUCCCGCGCCGCCUUUUAUGCCACGGAGGAGAGGGUGAAGGAGAGGGUGAUGACUUGGCUCUGGUGUUGGCAUCAUUUCAAUUCCGACAGUAAGACUCCAAAUGUACGUGGCAUGCUACGAGCCGGAGAUCUAGACGCUGAAUUGGCAUUCAGACUGGACGAGUCCAUCAAUAAUCUCUUCUGGUUCUUCACUUUCCCCGACUUCUCAUCAUCGGCUUAUCCAACUCUCGAAGAAAUGUGCGACUCUGGAUUUUCCCCAGAGGACAUCGACAUUAUUCAGAUAACAGCAACACGAUUUGGCGGAGGUCUAACUGAGUUUAAUUCGGCAACUUUAAACUCCCUGCGGGAAUUUGUCAUUGCAUCUUUUCGUCGGCUCUUUCAACCUGCGCUUCGCCGCCUCCCCUACUUAACAGGUGUGUUGUCAAGACCAAUGGAUCCUGGCCGAGUUGUGUGCUCCGGAGAACAUGAAUUACAGGCUAGACACUUUCAGACGCAUCGCUUCAGCGGCCAAGCAGCCGAGCCAACGGCCAAUGACGGGCUCUUUCUAUUCCUCUUUCCCGCUAUUGAAGGACUUGAGAACCCCAUUACUCGACUUCUUUGGCAAGAUGAAGAUCAAUACCGCAGCUGUGCCCGGUCCAUACCAUGCAAAGACAACAUGAAGGUCUUUGAGCAUCUUCAAAAACUAGAGUUGUCAUUUUACUUCCCUCGAGCAACCCAAUUUAAUCACCCCGACAAAAACAAACCAACCGACCAUAUCAGCUCACUCCCUAGUCUCCUGAGAGCCGCGACUAGCCUGACCCAUCUUGUGUUCGACAGUAACCUUCAAGAUAGAUUUUACUUACCGUGCAUCCGAUCCACACGGCUAGUCUCCCUAGAGCUUCACUCUUCCGCGCCAGUCACUUGCGAUGAGCUGAUACCGGUUUUACAGAGACACUCCAAUACACUUCGACACAUCCGCUUAGACAGUUCUUCUUUAGUUGUCGGAUCUCUCAACUGGAUCAGAGAAGAUGUCCCUAAUCUUCGGUUACAAUCCUGCCGCUUGAUGGGGGCCACGCAGACUCAAGACUGGGUUCACGAAUCUCAUGUUUUGGACUAUUUGAACGGCCAUGCAUCGCAGGACCAGGAAGCUGGGCAACGCGGGAGUUUGGGAGAAUUGCUGUUUAAAAGAAUCGCGAUAUUCACCGAAGACGACUUGAUGGGCGCGCCUUGCUGGGAGGUUUCCGAGGAGAGUGAGGAUUCCGACACGGCAGAGGAGAGCGAUUCCGAGUUUAGCGAGGGUAGCGCAGCAGACGACUCUUGGACUGAUAGAAAUGCCAGAGUCUACUGGUGGACUGAUGAAGCUUUCAGGCAACGUAUCAAGAGGCGGACGAAAGUGAAAGGAUGGCACGCUCCUCGGAACAGUGUAAGCAGUCAUGUGUAUGACUGGCUCAAACCCCAGGGUAUGGAAAUGGACGAAGAUUGUGAUCCUGAAAACCGCGAAAAAAGCGCAAGGGGCGAGUUGAAUAAUUCCAUGGACUGCGAAAUGCUGGAAGAAGAUGAUACAGGAAAAGGGGAAGGCCGUACAGAAGACAGAGAGAAUGGGACUAGCUGGGAAGAAGAAUGCGAGAUUGACGCAGAGGACGGAUGCGCAGAUGACGAAAUGGAGGAAGAGGAAGGCUCUGAUGGUGAGGACAUGGACGUCGUGGAGGAUUCCGAAAGUGCCGUGAGCAGUGUUUGCGUGGAAACAAACGAACGGUUUGUUAAGGAGAACAUCGUGUAUUCCGAAUUUGUGGAUGUGGACAGCGAACAGUGGGAAUCUAACCUGAGCGAGUACAUGCCCUCAAGCUCAAGCGAGGGUGAAGAAGAUUAG